UCCCUAUCAACUUUAAUGCACAGUUCUAUUUAAAUCUUUUCAAAAUAUGAGAUGAAGGACUCAUUGGAAGUUCGGAACACCCAUAAUAUCAAGAGAAAUGAACUCUUCCAACGUUAACUUCUCUCUACUACAAAGCCAACCAAAUAUUCCCCCAGAAUUCUUCUGGCCGGAAAACGAUUUGACCCCUUCAGAAGGAGACCUCAACCUUCCAAUCAUCGACAUGAGUGGAUUCCUGAAUGGGGACGAGGCCGAGACACAGCGUGCAGCUAAGGCUGUAAGAGAAGCGUGCAUGACUCACGGUACCUUUUUAGUGAUCAAUCAUGGCUUCAAGUCGGGCUUGGCCGAGAAAGCGCUUCAUAUAUCGAGUUUGUUCUUUGGACUACCCAAAGAUGAGAAACUAAAGGCUUACAGGACCCCUGGGAAUAUCUCUGGCUAUACCGCAGGUCAUAGCCAGAGAUUCUCCUCCAAUCUUCCAUGGAAUGAGACUUUGACUGUGGCCUUCAAAAAGGGUCCACCUCAAGUUGUUGAGGAUUUUCUAACAUCAAAGCUAGGUGAUCGUCGUCAAGAGAUCGGUCAAGUGUUUCAGGAAUUCAGUGAGGCAAUGAACCAUUUGAAUCUGGAGCUGAUGGAGCUACUAGGAAUAAGUAUGGGUCUAAAAGACCGGACAUAUUUCCGGAGAUUUUUUGAAGACGGAAACGCUAUCUUUAGAUGCAACUAUUACCCGCCAUGCAAACAGCCAGAAAAAGCUCUUGGUGUUGGCCCUCAUAAUGACCCGACAGCUAUAACCGUUCUGCUCCAAGACGAUGUUGUGGGUUUGGAAGUCUUUGCUAGUGGAAAGUGGCAGACCGUGCGCCCUCGUCCGGGUGCUCUUGUUGUCAAUGUUGGAGACACCUUCAUGGCAUUGUCAAACGGAAACUACAAGAGCUGUUUCCAUAGAGCAGUGGUUAACAUGGAGAAAGUAAGAAGGUCACUGGUGUAUUUUUCUUGUCCUAGAGAAGACAAGCUCAUCAUUCCUCCUCCUGAACUUGUGGAAGGCGGAGAAACUUCUAGAAAAUACCCUGACUUCACAUGGCAUCAGCUCCAGAGAUUUACCCAGUCUGGCUUUCGAGUCGACAACACCACUCUCGAAAAGUUUUCUUCUUGGAUCGCCUCCGACUCCUCCAAAAAUUAAGCCGUCGACAAGAGAUCAACUUCAUUUGUACUUUAUCCCUCUUUCCGGGUGUGUGUUAUCAUUAGCAGCUUGUUAAUUAUUACUCUAAUUGUUUCUUAUUAAUAAAGAGAAAUUCAG